AUUGAAAUAUGGAACCUGAGUCCGACUGCGUACUGACGUCAGUGUUCUAAGAACUGAGCUGGGAAAAUGUUACGAUCAUUAUGGAACCAUAAUAUUCAGCACGGCUUAAAAUUAAUACCUCACAAUACUGUAAUUAUUAAAAGCUGUCAAAAUUUACUUCUGGAGCACAUUAAACUCUUAGCAACAAAGUCGAUCACUCCCGAAUCUACUGAAAAAUCAGUGCAGAAAAAAAUUCCAAAGCAACCUUUCAGUCCCUUUCAAAACACUAGCAGUAAUUUUGAAUAUGCUUUGGCUAGAUUAGACGAUUUAAUCAGCUGGGGAAGAUCAACAUCGAUGUGGCCAAUUACAUUUGGAUUAGCGUGUUGCGCCGUGGAGAUGAUGCAUAUGGCAGCCCCUCGAUAUGACAUGGAUCGUUAUGGUGUUGUAUUUCGUGCUGCACCUAAACAAACGGAUGUACUUAUUGUAGCUGGUACUGUAACAAAUAAAAUGGCACCACCUUUAAGAAGAACUUACGAUCAAAUGUUAGAUCCAAAAUUUGUCAUCUCAAUGGGCAGUUGUGCAAAUGGUGGAGGUUACUAUCACUAUAGUUACUCUGUUUUAAGAGGUUGUGAUAGGAUCAUACCCGUAGAUAUUUAUGUACCUGGUUGUCCACCUACAGCAGAAGCCUUGUUAUAUGGUGUUUUACAAUUACAAAAAAAAGUUAGACGCAUGAAAUUAGCACUUAUAUGGUAUAGACAAUAAUUUCAACUAUAUAUAUAGCGAAACAUUAAAUAUUAUAUUAAAAUAGUUUAAUU